AUUUUAAUUUUUAUGGUAAUCUUUACUUUUAUAAAAGUGCGUGUGUCUCAAAUCCUCGCUGCCUGCUGCUUAGACAGCUCAGAAGGUUUUGAGACACAGCCGGUACUGAUUUCAUCUCUGCUUGCGUCUAAUUUAAGGAUGUCGUUUAAUCGCACCCUGGUGUGCACAUUCUGCAGAGAGCCUGUACCUUUACAGCUGUGUGCUGGUGCAGACGCGGAUAAUCCACAAAUCUGUUUUAUGCGAAGAAUACAUAAAGAGGUCAGGCUUGUCUAACUGACGUCAGUCAGAUAUCACUCAGUCACCAGUCGUCCGUUAUUUUUUCAUUGGUGGUCACCAUGACAUCAUUAUAUACCGGAGAGGAAUACCGGGAGACCUUAGAGGUUUUGAUUUAGCGAUGAGGAUUUCCUGUCGGAUGCGGCAAACCGGCAUCAUUGUUCUGCAGAUAUCGUAACUGAAAGUUUGGUCGUUCUGGAAGGACUCUAUCUGUAAAUCAAAGCCAUGGGGAAGGAUUACUAUAAGAUCCUUGGCAUAACUUCAGGCUCUAAUGAGGAUGAAAUCAAAAAGGCCUACAGAAGGAUGGCCCUAAAGUUCCAUCCAGACAAAAACAAGGAUCCCAAUGCUGAAGAGAAGUUUAAAGAGAUAGCAGAGGCUUAUGAGGUUCUGAGUGACCCAAAGAAGAGAGUCAUCUAUGACCAAUACGGCGAGGAUGGUUUGAAAACAGGUGGCACAGGCUCAUCUAGUGGACAAGGGACUACAUAUCACUACACCUUCCAUGGGGAUCCACAUGCCACCUUUGCUUCUUUCUUUGGAGGCUCCAACCCCUUCGAUAUAUUCUUUGGCUCUGGACGCCAACGGGGAACCACCAAUGGCACUAAUGACCAUGGUGGCGAUCAUGACAUGGACAUUGACAUGGAUGGAGAUGAUGAUCCUUUCAGUUCCUUUAGCCACUUUGGCUUCAAUGGUAUCAACGGUUUUCAUCACGGUGGAGGUCGAAGACAUCGUAAUGAGCCCCUUCAUGGUGGCCGGAGGAAAGUACAGGACCCUCCAGUGGUACAUGAGCUUAAAGUGUCUCUAGAGGAGAUCUUCCAUGGAUGUACCAAGCGGAUGCGAAUCACUCGCCGAAGACUGAACCCAGAUGGAAGGACAAUGAGGACAGAGGACAAGAUCCUUAACAUUGUCAUCAAGAGAGGCUGGAAAGAAGGGACCAAGAUCACCUUCCCCAAAGAGGGUGAUGAGACACCUGAGAACAUUCCUGCUGAUAUUGCGUUUGUGCUCAAAGACAAAGGGCACCCACUCUUCAAAAGAGAUGGAUCCAACAUCAUUUACACAGCCAAGAUUGGUCUUAAGGAGGCAUUGUGUGGCUGUACAGUGAAUAUUCCCACCAUUGACAACCGAGCAAUCACAUUGCCCUGCAACGAUAUCAUCAAACCAGGCACAAUCAAGAGACUGCGUGGAGAAGGCCUACCUUUCCCAAAAAAUCCAUCUCAACGCGGGGAUUUGAUAGUGGAGUUCCAGGUGCGCUUCCCAGACAGAAUACCACCCCAGUCCAGAGAGAUCAUCAAACAGCACCUACCACAGUCUUAGAGGAAGUUCAGUGGAUUCACUGAAUGGUUACAUUUUUCAAACACACCGUUUUCCCCCAAAAAACAGACGCUGAAUUCGAAGAGGGACAAAUAUGUCGUAAGGACCAGAGGCUCAUUUGAUAUUUUGUUACAGUUUUACCUAAUUUAUUAUCACUUUCUCUGAACAUGUGGAACGCUGAUUUUUUUGGGAUUUUGAAGUCGUUUGUGUUUAUGCCGAGGCUCAUGACUUUCAACCAGGAUUUUAUUUUUAGGAAUAUUUUUUUUAUUAUUUUCCCUUAGUUUUUAUUCUCUUCUAUCAACAUGUUGAAGGCAAACACUUACAAGAAAGACAGAAUGACUGAUUUGUUGGAUGGAAGGUUAAUAUUUUUGGUGCAAUGAUGGAUAAGAGGAUAAUCCAACAACAGCUGACUAUUUAUUCUGGAUUUGAAUCUGUGUUAUUUUGUUGCAAAUUAAAUUUCCUUCCCUUGUAAUAAUCAAUAAUAUCAUUUUAAAUGAAGUGGUCUAUGUAAGACCACUGCAGUGUUGGAGACUUCCGGAUUUUUAGGAUUUUUGAGCACCAGCAGAGCCAUUUGGUAACUAUUUGAUAUAUUUCCAUUCCCUCACGCAUCUCAACACUCUACAGGUGCUUUCUGGUAGUUCUUGAAGUAUCAGGUACUGGCAUUUAUGGUGGUGUGAUUACAGAAAUGUUGAGUGCCUUAAUGUGGCUCAAACCAGCUAUUUUAGUGUCAUUAGCGAAGCCCUUAGGCUAUUGUUGAAAUACUCUAAACAGAUUAAUUUGUCAUUUGUGUACCCAAAAGCAAUGUAUGGCAGUAACCAUCAUUACAGGGAUAGUCUACCCAAAAAGGCUAAAUUGGAAGGAAGAAUGUAGUCAUCUUCAUGAUGCUCUUAACAUAUAAUGUUAUAUUGUUUCUGUGGUACACAUGAGUUAGCUAGCAGAAUGUCUAGGCUGUUUUUCCUAACAAUGAAAAGUAGAUGAUGACUUUGACUGUGAAGCUAAAAAAGCUUAAAUAUACUAUAUUCUAAAGCACGGUUUUUAAACAAUAAAAACAUCACCAUAGGCAAUAUCUUAUAUAGCCAAGUUAUAUUAUAGGUUAAAUAUUUGACACAUCACAUGGAUCAUACAAAACAAAAAUCUUUGACCUAGACUGUCUAUUAAAUAUGUACACAACAUUUUAUGACUUGGUCUGGCAAAUCGUCCUUGCUGACAGUUCUUCAUUAUUUUAUUAACCGAGAGAAGGAAAGUUUUGGUGAAUAAUAAAUUCUGGUCUGUUCUAGUGUCAGGUUGUUCUGUCAAAGUUUGUCAGCUGUAAUCAAACAUCACUUUCAUUGUAUGAAAAUGAACAGCGUAAAUAAGACAUUUUGUAUUACAUGCAAAAAUAAUAUCAUUUGAGCAAUAUGUGGGCAACAUAAUUUUUAAAAAAUGAUUGAGGAGGGAUAGCUAUUGGAAAAUGCUCGUUCAUUUACUUAACUAUACACCACCACACACAUUAAAAGAAACCCAAACAUCCUCCGAAGUGCAGCAUGACAGUCUCAGUUUCAGUAAGUUGAAAAGCCCAUUUUUAAUCCAAUAUGAAAAAAUGAAAGCGAAUAGAAAGAUGAAAGUGAGAAAGUGUUAAAAGUUAGUUUUUUUUUUAAUAUACAGGUCUUCAUUGAUCAGUAAGCACAGCUAUAGCUUUUUUAUGAAGUUAUGAGGGAAUUGUUUUUUGAACAGCUUUUUACUACAUCAGUUUCAGUAUACUGUAUUUCACACUUUUAAUGUGUGCAAUGUGAAAUAAUUUGCAAUAGUUCUCUGUACUUUAGUUUAGAUUUAUAUAAAGUGCAAAGCCUCCCUUUCAAUUGAUUUGUGAUGUACCAUCUUUCUACAGUAACAGCAGCAUUUGAGAAACCGUAUUUUCUAUAUAACCAACAAUUUUCAUAUUUCCAAGGAUCCUUCCAGGAUAUCUCUUAUACAAUUGUAACUAUGUCAUUUAAUAAUUGCUGUAUUAGGUGAUAAAAUGAAAGUACGGAGGAACAUAACCUUUUUAAUGACUAGUGUCAUGGUGUUUUAUUAUGUGCUGGUCUAUGUUUGCAUUGUUGUACCAUUGUACUCAACAGACUUUUGGACAUCCAGCCACUUCUGUUUUGAAUUUGAAUGUCAAAUUUGAAAUGUCUCAUGUUUAGUACUUCUGUCCUCAUGUAUGAGACAGUAUUAAAUGCAGCUCCCUGCACCCAAUGGGAGGAUAAAUCAAUGCAGAAUGCAAGCGCUGUGUUCGUUUCCUGUGAUUCAGAGAGAAUCGGGUCUUGAAGAGUGUGUGUGAAGUAUUAUUGAACUCUGUCAUUUUCAGUACACUUACAGUAUACAUUUUUGGUGCUUUAUGAAUCAUUUAUGAGAACAUGAAAUAAACCAAUAGUCUUGACUGAAAAGAAAAUAAUAAGGAUCACUUUGUUUCAGACUGAAUGAAAUGUACAGUAGACAGUAGACUGGCAGCUGUCCAAAUGAGAUGACAACACUGGGCAAGGUAACCAAGGUAACCAAAAUUUAAAUCAGAAUAUUGACUCCACAUGACCGCAAAGAUCCAUACUGGAGUUUUAAAUUAUAUUUCAAGUAAAUGUAUAAUCUUUGGGGUGAAACAUUUGCUUUUAUCUAUUUAAAGUAUAUUAUGUAAAGUCUACGUGACAUGAAUGGAGAACACUUUCAUUAUGCGGAUAAGUCUGACAAAUGGCUCAUGCCACAUCACUUGACUCGUCGCUCCUCUGAAAUUAACUGGUGAAUCAGACCUUUCUCAGUAACCAGGAGCAUUUGACUCAGGCAACUUCCCUUAAGUCAUACAAAAAGCAUUAUCUCACAAGUUAAAUUAACUAAAGGUGUUAAUUCAAUUAUUUCUUUAUGAAGUGCAAUGCCCCGUUGAUGGUUGUACUUCUGACGAAGUAUAAAAUCUCUUAGAGAUCAUAAAAAUAACAAAAAUUUCAUGGUUCACUGCAUGUCUUGAUGGGUCUGAUUAUCCUGUGUCACAUAGACAUGACAGCUCCAUUAACUGCACUGCAUUCCUCUAAUGGAUCUGCCACUGACUGUAUGAUUUGAGAAAUUAGCACUGACGUUCCACUCGGUUCUCUCUGGAGUUCAUACUGUGCACGCAAAUGAGCUGACCAGGGAUUGACCCUAGGACAUUUUGGAUCAUAUAGGCCCGUAUAGGACACAUCAACCUCACACACUAGAAGCAUUUGAAAAUCAGACAAAAAGACAAAGUUACAAGACUGUGUACUCAACAGCUUUAACAAGGGAAGUAACUACAAUCCCAAAAAGCUCUGUAAAUAUUGAGCAUGAGUAUUUAAAUAAAUUGAAAUAAUAAAAGGUAUCAUGAACAGCCUUUGUUUUUUUACUUUGUACUGUUCUCUGAGGUCCACUUGUGCUAUCAAGGUUUUUACAUCAAAACACAAUAAUUUAGAAUUAAUAAGCUAUUUUCUAUCCUGUUUUGACCCCCCUCAUCAGAACGGUCUGUUUGAAUAGCUGUGGCAGAUUGUAGAUUCGGAAAUGUAAAUGCCGACUGGUGUGAUUGGCUAACAGUUGUGUAUGUUUGACAGUCUACAUCCUUCACAGAUGGACGCUGCUGUGAUUUAGGUUAAAACGCAUAAUGCUCAGUACAUAUCAAACAAUCUGCAAUAACAGACAAAGCAAUAGUAAUCACGUAAUAAAAACAGUUACUCACACUUGUGUGGUGCGGAU